CACUGACCUGCCCUGUUUAGCACUCACUCUCAGCCUGGGGUAAGGUGAUCCACGUGUAGGGGAACAACAAAGAGUGGGACACCUGAUCAGGGCUGCAGGCUGUUAAACAUUCAUGUCUAUGGGAGUCAGGCCACCCUGGGCACAGUGGUUUCUGGGCUUGCGGAAGGAUGGAGAACGCGGAGGGUACCUUAAGCUGCCCCAUCUGUGCCGACGUGUUCUCGGACCCCGUGGUGCUCCCGUGCGGGCACAACUUCUGCCGCGCGUGCAUCUGGGCGGUGUGGAACGAGGACGGAGACGAGGCGGGCACUCAGAUAGGCAUCACCACGCCUGUGCCAGGUCACCUGUUCUGUCCAGAAUGCCAGGUCCUCCUUUCUCCGGACCUCCAGCUGCAGGCGAACCCCAGCCUGCAGAGACUGGUCCAAGAGGAGAGCAGACAGGACCAGAGCGGGCCGGGCUGGAACGGGCUGUCCACUCCGGCUGAUCUGGGUCAUCAGGUCACGGCUCUGUCGGGUCAGGGUCUCGCGGUGCUGACGUGUGACCACUGCAUCGAGCGUGUGUCUGUGGCGGUGCGGAGCUGCGUGACGUGCGACGCGGCGCUGUGCUCGGCACACGCUCUGGCGCACCAGCGGAAGGAGGCGCUGAGGGCGCACACCCUGGUGGAGCCGGCGGGCGACCUGCUGCCGUACCGCUGCCAGCAGCAUGGCGAGGAGCUGCGCCUCUACUGCAUCGACGAGCAGGUGGCCGCGUGCGCGCUGUGUGCCGCUGUGGGCGCCCACCGGGGUCACGGGGUGGUGUCUCUGCAGGAGGCGACCUCUGACCUCAAGAGGAAGCUGGAGUCCACUGAGAGUGUCCUGCUGGAGACCAGACUGAGGGUUGAGAACACCUUGAAGGAAGUGGAGCUGCUUUUCUCAGAGACACAGAGCUCCAUAGAGGCGUGUAAGCUGCGGGUCCAGCACCGCUACUCUCAGAUAAGAGCUCUGAUCGAGGAGGACGAGCGUCUGAUGCUAGACGUGCUGGACACUGAGCAGCUCUACUGCAGUCACUGGCUCCAGUGCAGGAGAGAGCAGCUGCAGAGACACCUCAGAGACACAGACACUCUCAGGGAGACCAGGGCGGCUCUCGUCCAGGAGGACAACCACCUGAAGCUGCUACAGCAUCUCACUACGCCGGGGUCCGUGCUGGACCCCCCCACCGUGCCUGAGGUGGAGACAGACGGCUGCGCCCCCCCAGGGAAGAUGCCCACGGUGGAGAGGUUGGUGGAUGACCUGUUUAACACCCUGUCAACCUGCUUCCCACGCAUGUGGUCAGACCUGCAGGCCCUCACUCUGGACCCGCAGCAGGCCCACCCAAAGCUGGAGGUGUCUGAGGACCGUAGGGAGGUGCGCUGGAGCAAGCUGCCCCUCCAGCAGGACGGCGACUUGGACUCCGUCCACUCCCAGUACACCGCUCUGGCCUCGGAGGCGUUCACCAGCGGCCGGCACUACUGGGAGGUGCUGGUGUGGGAGAAGCCCUACUGGCUGAUCGGCCUCUCACACGCGGCCGCGGUAAAUGGGCUCCAGGGUGCGGACAGCGCCGCCGCGGACUUGAAUAAGGUCUUCUGUUACAUCUACCACGGGAAUGGCCAGUACCUCAUCGCCCACGGUGCUCAGGAGAGCCCUCUGGUGGUGGAGAGGAGAAUCAGGAAGGUUGGUGUGCUGGUGGACUUCCAGCAGGGGGCGGUGUGUUUCUAUGACGCCGACACGCUCUCCCUCCUGCAGAGGUUCAGUGUGGAGCUGAGGGACGCGGUGGUUCCCACGCUGAACCCGUGCAUCUCGUUUGGGGAGCACAACACACACCCUCUCGUUCUGUACCAUCUCACUAAAAACACACACACACACACAUCCUCUCAUCCUUUACCAUCUCUCUAA